AUGAGUUUCCUGGCAGACCGGAUGCUUUUGGCCCCACUCACGGGUGAGGAAACAUUCGGCAAAGGAGUCAUCAUUAAGGGAGAGUUCAACGACGACGUCACCGAAGAGACAUGUCUGGGUAUUAAGGAGGAACCACUAUAUCAUGGGGAUGAAGCGAGGGAUGGAGUGAGCAACGUGGAAAGGAAGCAUGGAUGCUUUAACCUUCAUAAUCUUCAUGGCAACAGACACCAAACAUAUGCAAAGGAUUCGUGUGGCUUAGCUCAGAAUUCUAAUGACUUGAUGUUAAGAGAUGCAUUUGUCGCUGAGGAUUGUGGGAACAAGUUUUCACCAGAUGGGGAUCAGGCGAUGCGCAAAGAAAGUCUUGAGGAGGAGUUAAGGCAAGAAAUAGAAGCAUUGAAACGUUUUGCAUGUGAAGUGUGUGGCAAGGCAUUCUCCACAAAAAGUAAUAUGUACUUUCACGUGAGAGUCCACACAAAGGAAAAGCCAUUCAGCUGUGAUAUUUGCAGUUAUGCCUUCUCACAGAAAGGUAACCUAGUGAGACAUAUGAAAGUUCACAAAAAGGAGAAUCCAUAUAACUGUGAGAAAUUCAACAAGCAAGACAGAACGCAGUCACUUUUGGUCUUCUCUGAUCUCUUUGAAGGGAAUGCUUCUCCAAUACGUAAUGGAGGUAAUAUGUCGAGCAGAGUUCUCUCAAGCGGAGUCUCUCUGCGUCGACGCCCAAGGAUAGGAACUCUAGCUGAGACGAAUUUACUUGGACAAAGUGUGUGGAGAAAAAAGAGCACUAUCGAUUUUAAAUAUAAUGUAAGUGUGCAAAGAAUGACAAAUAACAUAAAAGCCACAGUCACCUCCUUCCACAAGGCCGUCCAACGUUCCCUCGAGUCCUCGUCCUUACUCCCGUUCUGA